GGCUUCCGCCCCGCUCCCAUUAAACUUCACGUCUAAACUCCUGCGGAUAAAAGUUAAUAUACAUCAUCAAAAAUAACCUUGAACCGUGAAUAUAGUUGGUGUUGGAGUGUCGCCGCUAAAAGUAAUGGCGAGCGCCUUGGCGGCCAAGAUGGGAUUUAACUCGCUGGCGAGGAAGCAAAACCGAAGCUUUAACGUGAGGAUCUGCACGAUGGAGUCAGACAUGGAAUUCAGCUGCAAGGUGAAAUGGAAGGGGAAGGACCUGUUUGAGCUGGCCUGCAGAACCCUGGGCCUGAGGGAGACCUGGUUCUUUGGCCUCAGGUACGCCGUCAAGGACUCGCUGGCUUGGCUGAAGAUGGAGAAGAAGGUUCUGGACCAGGACUUGCCCAAAGAGGAACCCAUCACCCUCCACUUCCUGGCUAAGUUCUACCCGGAAAAUGUGGAGGAGGAGCUUGUGCAGGACGUCACGCAGCAUCUCUUCUUCCUGCAGGUGAAGAAGAAGAUCCUGGAGGAGGAGAUCCACUGUCCUCCUGAGGCCUCCGUGCUGCUGGCCUCCUACGCCGUCCACGCCAAGUACGGAGACUACAACCCCAAUGUUCACAAGCUGGGCUUUCUGGCUCAGGAGGAGCUGCUGCCUAAACGGGUGGUCAACCUGUACCAGAUGACGGCCGAGAUGUGGGAGGAGAGGAUUGCUGCGUGUCACGCCGGGCACAGGGGCCGCGCCAGAGAGGACGCCGAGAUGGAGUAUUUGAAGAUCGCUCAGGACCUGGACAUGUACGGCGUCGACUACUUCUUGAUCCGGAACCACAGGGGCACGGAACUCCUCCUGGGCGUGGACGCUCUGGGCCUGCACAUCUACCAGCCGGACAACAAGCUGACGCCCAAGUGCUCCUUCCCCUGGAACGAGAUCCGCGACGUGUCCUACAGCGACAAAGAGUUCACCAUCAAACCCGUGGACAAGAAAGCCGACGUGUUCAAGUUCAACUCCUCGCGGCUGAGAGUCAACAAGUUGAUCCUCCAGCUCUGCAUUGGUAACCACGACUUGUUCAUGCGGCGGCGGCGCGUGGACUCCCUGGAGGUGCAGCAGAUGAAGGCCCAGGCCAAAGAGGAGCGAGCCAGGAAGCAGAUGGAGAGGCGGCGGCUGCAGCAGGAGAAGCAGCUGCGGGAGGAGGCGGAGCGAGCCCGUGACGAUCUGGAGAGGAGACUGAUGCAGCUGCAGGACCAGGCUCACGCCGCCAACCAGGCCUUGCUGCGUUCGGAGCAGACGGCCGACCUGCUGGCCGAGAAGGCGCAGGUGGCCGAGGAGGAGGCCAAGCUGCUGGCCCAGAAGGCGGCCGAGGCCGAGACGGAGACGCAACGUGUCAAGGUGACGGCCAUGCGGGGCCAGGAGGAGCGGCGCCUCAUGGAGCAGAAGAUGCUGGAGGCCGAGAUGCUGGCCCUCAAGAUGGCCGAGGAGUCGGAAAGGAGGGCCGAGGAGGCGGAGCAGCUGAAGCAGGACCUGCUGGAGGCCAGGGAGUCUGAGCACAGGGCCAAGCACUCGCUCCUGGAGCUGACCAGCAGAGUGUACACGUACCCAGCGCCGCCAGCAGAGCACACGGCUGGCAGGGAGCAUCUGAGCUCAGACUUCAAAGACACGGACAUGAAGCGUCUCUCCAUGGAGAUCGAGAAGGAGAAGGUGGAGUACGUGGAGAAGAGCAGGCACCUGCAGGAGCAGCUGAACCAGCUGAAGACGGAGAUCGACAGCCUGAAGCUGAAGGAGCGCGAGACGUCGCUGGACUUCAUCCAUGAGCAGAACCUUGAGCAAGGCAGCAGCAAGCGCAGCAACUUCAAGAAGUCGACGCUCCAGAGCACCAAGUCCAGAGUUUCCUUCUUUGAAGAACUCUAAACGUGUUCUUGAAGGACCUUUUCGUCUUGGAACAUUCCUGCACGGUGACACAACAACACAACAACAACACAACAACAACAACAACCACAUGAAUAUAUGGGAUUCACUUCAGAAAUGAAAUGUUCACAGAAUGUACUCUUGUUGAUUCAUACACAAAACUAAAUUAAUAUUACACUAUGUAUACAGUAUAUGUGUGUG